GUCCUGGGCGUUACCCCGAAGGAUCCUUUUGUCUCGAACUACACAUCGCUAGAGCAACGCUGGUGCAUAGGAUUCGGAGAUGCCAUUUGUGUAUCGUUCGAUGUCAUGAACACUUCAGAGCAAUAUCAUAUGCAACCUAUUUGCCACACUCUGGAAGACUGUGGGUUGAUCAAAUGUGUUCUGCUAGACAACGAAGGAUCGAGUAUUCCCUUAUUACGAUCGAACUCUUCGGCUGAACUACUGGUGGGCUUCUCCAAGUCACAAUUGUUCAAGUCGAAGAUAUGUUCUAUCCUUCUUGAAAUGAUUCGAUAUCCUUCAGAUGAAAUAUCCCCUGAUGCCGAUAUGUUGGCUCGGUCAAUAGCCAGGCAAACUCGACUACCUUCGGAAGCCCGUAUUUUAACUAUCUCAGCUCCGUUAAAAUGGUAUUCAUUCGAGAAUUUUUUAUCAGCCAAGGAAACAGAAAUGCUGCUGUUGCUAAGUUGCUUACGAGUUGGCAGCUAUUCUUACAUGAUGAAACCAAAAUCGUCUUUCGAAUUCGCUGAAGCCAAUCCUGACUUCGAUUGCUGUGAUUUCGGGGACUGGCAGGUUUUUGUUGGUCACGGAAUAAUGGACGGGCUCGUAGCCGUGCCCUCCACAUUUAACCAGCCGAAUGGAAGUAUUGAUCGAAUUUGCGGAAUCAAUGAAGAACUGUUAACUACAUUCGUGAAGCGGUGUCAGUAA